UUGAAUUCUUAUCUGUUUGUCUCUACCAAAUUCUAUGGAGUUCUUCUCUGUCCAAACUUUCAUCUUCUUCUUUCUUCUUUCUCUGUAUCUUUACUUUCACUUUAACUCUUCCAAGAAAAAACCCAUAAAAAAAUCAGGCUUCAAAAUCUACCCUAUCGUUGGAACUUUGCCUGAAUUCUUGAAGAAUAGGCACCGUUUCCUUGACUGGACGACAGAAACUCUAAGCAAUUGCCCCACAAACACUGCUGUAAUUCGGCGUCCAGGCAAGGUCCAUGGCAUCAUCACAGCCAAUCCAUCCAACGUUGAACACAUGCUCAAGACCAACUUCGAAAACUACCCAAAAGGCAAUCGUUUCAUAACCCUUCUUGAAGACUUUCUUGGCCGUGGAAUCUUCAACUCUGAUGGUGAACUCUGGAAGCUCCAAAGAAAAACAGCAAGCUACGAAUUCAACACCAAAUCUCUCCGCAACUUUGUCAUGGAAAACGUCACCGUUGAGAUCAAUACAAGACUAGUUCCUAUUUUAACAAAAGCCUCGGAAACACAACAAGUCUUGGACUUACAAGAUAUUUUGGAACGAUUUGCGUUUGACAAUAUAUGUAAAUUGGCUUUCAACGUCGACCCAAGUUGUCUCAGUGUUGAUAAAACAACCACUAGUGCUGCUGAGUUCAUGCGGGCUUUUGAGGAUGCUACUAUGCUUAGCUCUGGGAGGUUCAUGUAUGCCAUACCAUUUCUUGGAAAAGUCAAAAAGUUUCUCAAUGUUGGAUCAGAGCGAAGGCUAAAAGAAUCAAUCAAAAUCGUCCACAAAUUUGCAGACAGUAUUAUAAGGUCAAGAAUGGAUCAAAACGUUGAUAGAGAAGCAGACUUAUUGUCACGCUUUAUCUCAAACGAAGAAAAUUCACCAGAAUUUCUUAGAGAUAUUGUCAUAAGCCUUAUUCUAGCAGGACGUGACACAACCUCUUCUGCUUUGACCUGGUUCUUUUGGCUCUUAUCAUCGAAUCCAAACGUCGAACAAAACAUAUUGAAAGAGCUUGAAACAAUCCGGGUUCAUAACAGAAAAUACAUAGGCGAAACAUAUAGUUUUGACGAGCUCCGUGACAUGCAUUAUCUACAUGCAGCAAUCUCAGAAGCUCUAAGACUUUACCCACCUGUACCAAUCGAUACCAAAGCGUGUUUAAAAGAUGAUAUAUUGCCAGACGGCACUUUUGUUACAAAGGACUGGUUUGUGUCUUACAAUACUUAUGGUAUGGGGAGGAUGGAAAGCAUUUGGGGGAAGAAUUGUUACGAGUUUUUUCCUGAAAGAUGGAUUGAGGAUGGAGUGUGUAAGCAAGAGACCCCGUUUCGGUUUCCGGUAUUUCAUGCUGGGCCGAGAAUGUGUCUUGGGAAAGAUUUGGCGUAUAUUCAGAUGAAGUCCAUUGCUGCGUCAGUGAUAGAGAGGUUUGGAAUGGAGGUGGAGAGUAGGGACAAGGUUCCCGAGCACUUGUUGUCUUUGACGUUGAGGAUGAAAGGUGGGCUGCCCGUGAAGGUGAGGCAAAGAUGUGUUGAUGAGAUUAAGUGAUCUGCAAUCAUAUAGUAUUCUACUUGUAGGUGGAGAUAUGUACUUUUCUUCUUCUUCUUUUUCUUUUUUAUUUUUUCACAUUUGUAUACUAAAGUGGUACUGGAAUUUUUGUAUA